CACUAAUAUCAACACUCCCAGAGUGCACUGCGAUGCUAGCUGUUGAAAGAGUGCAGCAGCAGUGACUCAUGGGAAAGCAACACCAUCGGAUAUCCAGGUAAAAAGUUCUCAGCGCGGCCUGUCCGAAUCACCGAGAAAGAUUUUCAGUCUUGCCAACAACGUGGUGAGGUUCCUGUGAGAAACUGAGGUGAAGCUAAGAAGAUGAAUCCUUCAGUCAGUCCAGAAGGGGAGAACUGGUGGUGCCAGCCCAAACGGUCAAGUCUAAACAAUCCAGAAGGCCCAUCAUCAUCAUCACCGUCAUCAUCAUCAUCAUACAACCAGAACCACUACACUCCCACCGAGCCAGACCUCAGGGAGCCUCCAUCCCAGGGGGUGCCGGGUGAAGUCACCCCCAGACUUGGCCUGACAGACUCUCAGCUCCUGUGGUUAAGGGACACCAUGAGUAGAGGGAGGGAGAGCUCACCACCCAGUGUGUCCCUCAGCACCCACAGUCCUCCAGCUGUCACAGCUGGACCAGCUGCAGAGACAGAUGCUCCACCUGCCCACAUGAAGGGGAUGCUGGCAGCUAGGGAGUACCUUCUACAGCAGCUAGGUGUUGGACGAGGGAGCUUAAAGAAACCAUCAGGUGACUUCUCCACUCCUGGUGGCCCUGUGGCCCCAACAUCACAGUCUGUACAGGCCUGGAAGUCCCAUGUUCCUGGACCGGCUGGGAACUUCCCUGUGCCUGGACAAGCUGGAAAGUUUCCUGUGCCUGGACAAGCUGGAAACUUUCCUGUGCCUGGAAUGGCUGGAAACUUUCAUGUGCCUGAUCAGGCCAGGACGCCCCAUGUGCCUGAACAGGCCAGGAAGUCUCAUGUGCCUGGACAGACUGGGAAGUCUCAUGUGCCUGGACAUACUGGGAAGUCCCAUGUUCCUGGACAGGCUGGGAAGUCUCAUGUGCCUGAACAGGCUGGGAAGUCCCAUGUUCCUGGACAUUCUGGGAAGUCCCAUGUUCCUGGACAGGCUGGGAAGUCUCAUGUGCCUGAACAGGCUGGGAAGUCCCAUGUUCCUGGACAUUCUGGGAAAUCCCAUGUUCCUGGACAUUCUGGGAAGUCCCAUGUUCCUGGACAGGCUGGGAAGUCCCAUGUUCCUGAACAGGCUGGGAAGUCCCAUGUGCCUGGACAGGCUGGGAAGUCCCAUGUGCCUGGACAGGCCAGGAACACUCAUGUGCCAGAUCAGGCUGAGAAGUGUCACAUCCCGGAACACACAAGCAUCCCCACACAGGCUGAUGGGAGUGAAAGCAAUAUCUAUGCUGCUUAUGUGGAGAGUAUGUAUGAAGGGCUUGCAGCAGCUGGUGGCUAUGCAUAUCCACUCAAUGAUAGAGUACAAAAACCCCAUCAGAGCUCCAAAGAUAGAGGCAGACAAAGACAGACUCCACCAAAAGAAUACAAUGGACAGGUAAAGGACAAUUGUAAAACUGGUGAAAAGCCACUACAUGAUAGGCUUGGAGUCAAGAUAUUGGGAAUGGAAUCGUACCAGAGCUAUCUUGAAAAGACUGUUGAAGAGGAACCAAAGAAAUGGAGGCAGAUUCCAUGGAGCGAGAUUAAAAGAAACACAGACCAUGUACCCCAAACUGCAGCAAGCCCAGUAAGCAGAGGAGACAUGAGGGAGGAACAGAAGAGUUCAAAACAAGGGACGGGAGAAGGAACUAGUCAGGCGAGCAAGUAUGUACCCAAGGAGAAGGAAGGGGCCCAUGUAGGAAGACAAAACUCAUCAUGUGCAAGCAUGAAUGGACAAGGCAGCAGACAGUGGAAAAAGACUCCUACCAAAGAACCCCCUCCUGUUGGCAGUGUUGCUGAAAAUGGAGCUGCGGAGCAGGCCCAGCUUGGUCCACGGAAGGACAGAGUGUCCAGUAAACCUGGCAGCAGGAGGAACAGCAUGUCUGAAGAUCUUUCAGUCAUCAAGGCUGAGUAUGAUUGGCGGAGGUUCCAGCUGGAGCGCAAGUUCAAAAAGGUGUUGGACGCAUUGAAAGAGAAAGAGGAACAAGUGGCUGCCAAGGACCUUUGGACCAUUGUAAAGUCAGAAGGAGGCAGGCUGGCAGAGUUCCCCAUGCCUGGUGCAGAGGCUGUGUUGUUGGACCUGCUGCUGACUCGGGCAGUGGAGAAGAAGGAGACCAGACUGAUGACAGUCAAACUGCUAGCAGUUUUAUGUAGUUUGUACCAAAAAAGCAUGGAUGUGCUGAGCAGUGUCUUGCUUGAGAAACAGGCAUCCUACUGCAAGGUGUCUGGGGCCACCAAUGCCAAACGCCUGUAUGAAGGUUACAGUGAGACUCUGGGCCAUCUUUAUCUCCAGGCAAGAAACAACUCAGGACAAGAGUUCCAAGACUGUAUCUGUGAAAUGAUGUUGAAAACCCUGGAGAAGUGGCUGCAUAUCAACACACAGGACCAGGGAGUUCUGGAGGUGUGCACCAACUGUCUGUGUUCUCUGCUGACUGUGGUGGGAUCAGAGCUGGACUCAUCUGCCAGGGAACUGAUGCAGCUGCACUUCAGCACCAUCAAAAUCAAGAUCCUGGAUGAGAGCCUCCCCAGGGAAGUACGGAGGAGCCUGCUGGAGCUUGCUCUGCUGCGGGCUGGUGGCUGGGUCCAGCAGAGUUCUUCUCAAGAAAAUGGAGAGGACAUAGCUUCAGAAGGAGCUGAAGCAGUGCCGUUGAGUAACAGCACAGGAGAAAACACUACAGCAAUUGACAGCAAACAACCACCUCCGACAACGAAUGGAGACUUCAGCGGAGUUUCCUCAUCUCAGGAAGAAGAGAAGGACCGGUACAAGACAGUGCGAGCUAUGCUGACUGAUCUCUGCCUGGAAGAGUUUCUCCCCAAGUUCCAGGAGAAUGGCAUCAGGGAUGCCACUUUGCGGGCUAACCGGGGUGAACUGAAGACAGUCCUGAAGGAGAGCGGCUUUGUGCCUGGCACCAUAUUGGAGAUCAUGUUGUACCUGGACACUCAUGGUUGGUAGACAGAGGGGCAAACUAUGCCUCAGUAGUCUUACAGCCAACCCUCUUGGACUUGCUCUGAACUCCUAACAUGUCUGCAGUGACCCAAAAAGGACAGACUGAAUAAUGCAUGGCUGUUUGUGUGUGUAGUUGGAGAUCUUUGAUAUCUAAGCCCUUGUAUAUGAAGUCUCUUGUGCACUUACUUUGUUCCAAGCUUUAGUUUCCUGCUAGAUUAAAAAUGUUUCUUGACUACUUUGUGGUGCUCUUGUAUAUCUUCUGCAACUCUGAUGCUUAGAUUGCUUUUGACUGUUCUCUUUGCUUCUGUAAGGUGAAAAUUUACAUAAUUAGAAAGUAGAUAAUGUUCUAGUGAAGGUAAGAAAUACUAUUCCUAUAAUACUGAAGCCUGGCUUCUUAUGUUGUUUGAAGGUGUUGGUGCUAAUACUGGUCAGCACACAGGCACCACAUCAUGUAAGACUAACAUCAAGGAAGAACAGCAUAGAAAAUCCACCUGGCCCACCGUACCAAGCUCAGAGAUGGCAGCUCAACAUAGUCUGUGCGCUGCAAAGCCCAGCAGAC